CCUUCAGAAUUCGCAUCAAGUCAACUACGAUGGCUCCGAUCAACAGGCUUCACCUCUGCCUUCUCUUCCUGUCGUUCCCUCUUCUCUCCACCGCCACCGCCGUCAGUGAUUCCCAAUACCUUGAGGUGGAGCUCCUCUGUAAACAGACGUACGGCUUUAUGCCCUGCUCCACAACUGCAUUGGGGAACUUGUUUUUGAUCAUCGUUUAUGGAUACCUCAUUUUCGUGGGAUCCAAGUAUGUUUUUGACGGGAGUGAGCUGUUGAAGAUUCUUGGUCCCGGUCGCCUUGGAAAAACUGUUCUUCCCAAGCUUGACGCCCUUCCCGGCGCCAUACUUAUUCUUGCCUCUGGACUGUCUGAUAAAAAGGAAAUGUCUCAACCUCAGAAAUCAGAAGGAUUGGGAUUACUAGCCAGCUCAAUUAUUAUGGUGUCUGGACUUUCUGGAACUAAGGAAUCUGUUCAAAGUCAGGUCUCAGUGGGAAUGGGUUUGCUAGCUGGAUCAACUGUCAUGCUUCUUACUGUAAUAUGGGGAUCCUGUAUCAUAGUUGGAAAAUGUGACAUUGAGUGUUCGGUUGCUAAAGAUGGUCAAAAUACAAAAGGAUUUAGCUUAACUGAAACCGGUGUUAGUACGGAUAUUUGGACUUGCUAUACUGCAAGGAUAAUGGCUAUAUCUGUCAUCCCAUUUAUUGUUGUUCAAAUACCACAGAUACUCCAUUCAACUUCAGGAAGAAACUUAGCUAUUUUGAUUGCUCUAAUUGUAUCUGGAUUGAUGUUCAUUGCUUAUUGCCUUUAUCAGGUCUCUCAGCCCUGGAUUCAGAGGCGGCGUAUUGCUUAUGCAAGGCACAGGCGUGUGACAUCAAGAAUUAUGAAACAUCCGAGUCAGCAUGCUGUGGGAAGGCUCUUGAAUGAUAGAGGAGAACCCAACAAAGAAGUUUUAAAAAAACUGUUUGAUUCGAUUGAUGAGAACAAAGAUGGACAACUUUCAGUCAGUGAAUUCAAAGCACUGAUCAUGGGAAUUAAGUUUGACGAGAUAAACUUGGAUAAGGAUAAUGCUGCUGACAAGUUACUAGAAGACAUGGAGACAAAUCUGGACAAUCAAAUUGAUUCAGAUGAAUUCAUCAAAGCUAUAGAAAAAUGGCUCAAUGAAGUACUUCGAGGAAAUAGAUGUGGUGAUCCUGGUUCUGAGUCAGCAAAACUUAUAAGUGACUUUUACGAGAAAACAAAGAGGAAGCAUGAUUUGUUGGGAGAGGAAGAGGAAAAUUUCGACGUUGUUAAAAACCCGCAGUUGAUCUACUUGAAAGCAGUAUCAAAGUUGUUUUUUGGAACCAUUAUUGCUGCUGCAUUCGCUCAUCCUCUAGUGGAUGCUAUCACUAACUUUUCCAAUGCAACAAGUGUCCCUCCAUUCUUCGUUUCAUUCAUUGCACUACCUAUGGCAACUAAGUUUAGUGCAGUGGUACCAUUGCUCAUUUAUGCCAGCCAGAAGAGGAGGAGAACCGCCUCAUCAACAUUUAUCGAGUUAUACACAACUGUGUCAACGGAUAAUGUGAUUUAUCUAUCAGUUUUCUUAGCUAUCGUCUACAUCAGAGGACUGAGUUGGGAUUAUUCAGCAGAAGUGCUGGCUAUUGCUGUUGUAUGCAUUCUGGUGGGUGGCUUUGCCAGUUUUCUUACCACUUUCCCCCUUUGGACAUGUUUACUUGCUUACAUGCUCUAUCCUCUCUCCUUGGCACUGGUUUAUGUUCUUGAUUACGUCUUAGGUUGGGCAUACUUAUGAAGAUGUAUUAUAUUUGUGAAAAUAUCGUAUGUCAUUUCUCUUAUCUAAACAAUCUCAGUUAAGUGAACAAUUAGUUGGCAGUUUA